CUUGAGGAAGUGCAAAGGCGUUUUUAAUCGGAUUCUGAUCUGACAGCAUUGCUCAAAAGCAAAAUACUGUAGUCUCCAUCUUUAGAAAGGGCAACACUGUCCCCGUUUAACCCUGUAGCAGCGCAAUGCCCUUCCCAGUUCAACAAAACCACAAUGCACCCUGUGUGUAAUUGCUGGUAACAGCGGCACCGAUGUGUAUAGAAUUUAUAAAAAAAAUCUUCCGAAAGAGGUAACGUUUCCCAAAACAAAUAUGGCCGCUGCGCGUUCCACGGUACCGCAGUGAAGGAGUGUCAAUCCGCUUAUUAAUCACAUUCAUAGAGAUGGGCGUGUCGAAUGAAUCCGUAUGGCCCCGCUCUCUGAUUUGCUGUCGGACCGGCAAUCCCAUAGAGUUGCUGCCUCUGGCUGCUGGACGCGUGGAAGUGAAGUUGUGCGUGAGAGAACGGGAGCCGGUAACGUGGAGCGGAAGUAGGCAGCGCUUUCUGGACAGGAGUACCUUGAGGGAGUAGCACGAUAAAGCCUGAAACGCUGUCAUGGUAAAGAAGAGAGGGAAGAACCUCCCCGCCCAGGACUCUCUUGAUGCAGAACCAGUGUGAAGGCACCUCCGGAAGGCCCUGGAUGAAGGAUGUGUGAAAAGGGCUCUGGUGAAUGUGGAAUGGACCGUGUGCCAGGACUGCCAGGCUGACAACAAGGAGACGAAUAACUCGGAGGAUGAGUUGGCUGAAGACCCUUCUGUCUGGCUGUGUUUAAAAUGUGGCCAUCGGGGCUGUGGCAGAAAUUCUGUGGCACAACAUGCACUGAACCAUUACAACACCCCCAGGUCAGAACCACACUGCCUGGUUCUUAAUUUUGAUAUGUGGAGUGCCUGGUGCUACCUGUGCGACAAUGAAGUCCUGUAUAAUCGUACUAGUCGGUUAGGCCAGCUGGUGGAUUAUUUGCAAAGAAAAGCCAAGGCAAAAAGCAAAAAUAUAAAUUCAGUAGCCUCGAAUGAAGAAGUUAAAAGCCAAAACAUCCCUGACAAUGAAGUCAAGAUUCAGGAGGAGAAGCCCAAUGUUGCAGCCAAAUGGGACAAAGCCGGCAAUACCCAGAAUAACAAAGCCGGCAGUACCCAGAGUAAUAGCACCGAGCCUACAGUGAAAGGACUCAGUAAUUUGGGAAACACAUGUUUUUUCAACGCAGUGAUGCAGAACCUGUCCCAGACACCUGCUUUGAGGGAACUUCUAAAUGAGGUUAAAAUAUUUCGAAAACCUGUGACCGUUCCACUACCGGAUUCAUCAUCUCCUACAAAGCUAGAGGUAAAUCUAGAGCAGCAGCCAGGACCACUGACCUUGGCAAUGUGGCAAUUCCUGACUGAAAUGCAGGAGACCAAAAAGGGAGUUGUCACCCCCAAGGAGCUCUUUUCUCAGGUCUGUAAAAAAGCAAUACGGUUUAAAGGCUACCAGCAGCAAGAUAGCCAGGAAUUACUUCGCUACUUGUUGGAUGGCAUGAGAGGAGAGGAAAUCCAGAGAGUAACAUUAGCAAUGUCCAAAUCACUACAGAGCACUUUAGAUGAAGAAGAAAUUAAAAAGAUUGUGAAAGAUACUGAAAAGCGUCGAACGAUUCCAAACUUUGUGGACUGUUUGUUUGGCGGAGGGCUAACUAGCACAAUCAUGUGUGAAGAAUGCCACACCGUAUCAUUGGUCCAUGAACCUUUCCUUGACCUCUCUCUGCCUGUGCUGGAUGACUUGAUUGUUAAAAAAAACAGUAAGUCGUCGUCGGCUCGAGAGAGGAAAGUGGAAGAAAAUGAUGACCGAUACGUCAAAGAAAGAGAUGAAGUAUCGCCUGGGGCAAGCAAGCAUUUACAGAAAAAAGCAAAAAAGGCCGCUAAAAAGCAAACCAAGAACCAACACAAACCGCAGAAACUGCAAGGUAAGACGGUGCCAUUCACUGAUUUGGCCAAGCAGGAGUGUUCAGAGGAUGAGGAGAAGGUCACUCAAAACAAUACAGAGUUAGAGAACACCACCAGGCCAGGCAAUGGGACCCCUACUGCUGGUGGCUUAAACACCAUGGAAACUGAUUUAUCCACUCUUGAAAAUGGCACAGAGACUAUUAAAAAUGCGGCAGAAAAAAUCACUGCACAUACUGAACUUGAUUCUUCUGGACAUAACAAUGUGGAAAGUAUGGACAUGAAUGCAAUUUUGGGUAAUCUGGAAAGCAACAAUAACACUGAUGUGAAUAAAACUCCAGAGAGAACUGCAGACAGUGGAGUUGACCGCAUGGAAGUCAUGGCGGCUGUAGAGAAUGGAAAUGUUGAUGCAGCCAAUGUGGAUGAUGCUGAGGCUUUCAAUGGUUUCUUAGAUAUUUCCACUGCCAAUAUGGAUCUUCAACUAACAAACUCUUUAAACAGCCUCAAGCUGAGCUCAGAGUUAGAGAUGGAGAUAUUGCCUGACACAGAGCAUCCCCACAUGCAAGUCUACGAGGUGGUGAAUGAAGACCCCAAAACGGCGUUUAGUACCCUUUCCCACAGGAAGGAUCUGCCGCUAGAUGAGUUCUCUGUGCUCAGUUGCCUCUAUCAGUUUACUCACAAAGAGAGCCUCACUGGGAACAACAAGCUACUCUGUAAUGUCUGCACCCAGAAACAGGCCAACAGGCUCAAUAACAACAGCAAUAAAGGGGAGAAGAAGCGUGUUUACACUGAUGCUAAGAAGCAAAUGUUGGUGUCCGACCCCUCUCCCAUCCUCACUCUCCAUUUGAAGAGAUUUCAGCAGAAUGGCUUUAACUUGCGGAAGAUUAACAGGCACAUAAAGUUCCCUGAGGUUCUAGACUUGGCUCCAUUCUGUACAGCAAAAUGUAAGAACGUACCUGAAGGCGAGUCGCGGUUACUGUACUCCCUGUAUGGCGUUAUCGAACACAGCGGCAGCAUGAGGUCCGGCCACUACACCGCGUUCGUCAAACUUCGUAGCCCAAACUGGCAGCUCUGUGAGAUGGUACUUAAAGGAAUCAUUCCAGAAGUCUCAGGAAGCGAACCCAGGCGAGGCAGCUGGUACCAUAUAAGCGACAGCCAUGUCCAAGCAGUGUCUCUUUCCAGAGUGCUGAGCUCCCAGGCUUACCUGCUCUUCUAUGAACGUAUGGUGUAAUCUGGAGUGACAAUAACCAAGGAAUAUUUAAUAAGUGAACUGCCGAGGAAUACGAGGAUGCGCAAGCUCUGCUGAGUCUAUCCUGUACUGUGAGUAAGACAGCAGAACCUUGUGGUGUUUUCUGAUGAAAAGACGCAAAAUGAUGUGCCUCAAUAGCUGUCAGCCAAAAAGCAGGAUUAUUUAUUGAUAUAUACUUCAAUGGUAUCGCUACGAAGCGCCGAUCAAAGCAGUUACGGAGUCAGGCGUUAGAAUAUCAAAAUGUUGGCUUUAUUAAGCGCAUUAAAAUUACAGUGGAGGGGGAUUACAACUAACGCGUUUCGUGUCAGCAA